AUGGAACCACAGAAUCUAACUGGUGUCUCAGAAUUCUUCCUCAUGGGACUCUCAGAUGACCUGGAACUACAGCCCCUUCUCUUUGGGCUGUUCCUGUCCAUGUACCUGGUCACUGUGCUGGGGAACCUGCUCAUCAUCCUGGCUGUCAGCUCUGACCCCCACCUCUACACACCCAUGUACUUCUUCCUUUCCAACCUGUCCUUGGCUGACAUUGGUUUCAGCACCACUACGAUCCCCAAGAUGCUGUUGAACAUUCAAACACACAGUAGAUCUAUCACCUAUGCAGACUGCCUAACUCAGGUGUCCUUUUUUUUCCUAUUUGGAUGUUUGGACAAUCUACCUGCUGUGAUGGCAUAUGACCGGUUUGUGGCCAUUUGUCACCCCCUGCACUAUCCAGUCAUCAUGAACCCAUGCCUCUGUGGCUUUUUGGUCCUUGUGUCAUUUUUCAGCAGCCUUUUGGACUCUCAGAUUCACUGUUUGAUGGUGUCACAACUUACUUUCUGCACAAGUGUGGAAAUUCAUCAUUUCUUUUGUGAUGCACCUCAACUUCUCCACCUUGCCUGUUCUGAUACCUCCAUCAAUACCAUACUAAUAUAUUUCAUGGGGGCCAUUUUUGGUGGCAUUCCACUCUCAGGGAUCCUUUGCUCUUAUACUCGAAUUGUUUCCUCCAUUAUGAGAGUCCCAUCAACAGGCGGGAAGUACAAAGCCUCUACCUGUGGCUCUCACCUAUCAGUGUGCUUGUUUUACGGAACAGGUCUUGGGGUAUACCUCAGUUCAUCUGUCUCCCCCUCCCCUAGGAAGGGUGCAGUGGCCUCGGUGAUGUACACUGUGGUCACCCCAAUGCUGAACCCCUUCAUCUACAGCCUGAGAAACAAGGAUAUCAAAAGAGCACUGUGGGGGAUUAUCAGCAGGACAGACUAA